GUGGUGGUGCGUGCUUAAUUCGUUCGUCGCGUAUUCGCGUAUCUUUAUCGCUAUCGGCACCUCUAGACCGCACGCCCGCCGUGCGAGUUUGUUUUUUGCUAGUACGAUUAAUAUACAAACAUAUCAUAAUAUUAUCAUCAUCGUUGUCGUCGUCGUCGUAGGUAAGCGUGAUAUUGAAUCUAGUUAAUAGACGGGUCGUACGCCACUCCGGAAUCUGUACGGACAACGGUGGACCUUGGUGGCCCAGUCAUGGCCUAAGCAUAUAAGAAUAUCGCAACCUAAUAUUGUUCCAUACCAAUAAUCAGGCGGCCGCGCGGACUUCCGUUCCACCAUGGAACAAGAAGAACCGGAAAAGCCGAAAAAAGCGGAGGGGAAUACCUCUUCGUUUUUAAGAGCGGCACGAUCCGGGAACCUUGAUAAAGUCAUUGAACACUUGAAAAAUAAAAUCGAUAUAAAUACAUCUAACUCAAACGGUUUGAAUGCUCUGCAUUUGGCUUCAAAAGAUGGGCAUUUGGAAAUCGUGAAAGAGUUAUUAAAAAGGGGUGCUAACGUUAACUCGGCAACAAAAAAAGGAAAUACUGCACUUCAUAUUGCUUCUCUUGCGGGGCAAUAUGAUGUGGUGGUCACCCUUGUGGAACAUGGCGCAUUGGUGAAUGUGCAAAGUCAAAAUGGUUUCACCCCUUUGUAUAUGGCUGCGCAAGAAAAUCAUGACAGAGUUGUUAAGUAUUUGUUAGCAAAUGGGGCCAAUCAAAAUCUGGCAACUGAGGAUGGAUUUACACCAUGCGCUGUUGCAAUGCAGCAGGGUCAUGAAAAGGUAGUAACUGUGUUAUUAGAAAAUGAUACCAAAGGUAAAGUGCGUCUCCCUGCAUUGCAUAUUGCAGCAAAAAAAGACGAUUGCAAGGCCGCAGAUUUACUCCUUCAAAAUGAUCAUAACCCAGACGUUACAUCUAAGAGUGGAUUUACUCCAUUACAUAUCGCUUCACAUUAUGGAAACGACGGAAUUGCUAAACUACUCCUUGCUAAAGGAGCUGACGUCAACUAUUCUGCUAAACAUAACAUAACUCCAUUACACGUGGCAGCGAAAUGGGGUAAAAGCAACAUGGUAUCUUUGUUGCUCGAAAGCGGUGCAAAUAUUGAAGCUAAAACUAGAGAUGGUUUGACGGCUUUACAUUGCGCUGCAAGAUCCGGACACGAUCAAGUUAUUGACAUGCUUUUACAAAGAAAUGCUCCAAUCAGUUCAAAGACCAAGAACGGUUUGGCUGCAUUGCACAUGGCGGCCCAAGGAGAUCACGUGGAAGCCGCUAAAGUGUUAUUGUCCAACAAUGCUCCCGUCGACGAUGUGACCGUAGAUUACUUGACUGGUCUUCAUGUGGCCGCCCACUGUGGACACAUCCGGGUAGCCAAACUCUUGUUGGAGAAACACGCGGAUCCCGAUGCCAGGGCGUUGAACGGUUUUACGCCGUUGCAUAUUGCGUGCAAGAAGAACCGCAUCAAAGUUGUAGAGCUGCUACUCAAGUACAACGCGAGCUUGGAAGCGACUACGGAAUCCGGGCUUACUCCGUUGCACGUCGCCAGUUUCAUGGGCUGUAUGAACAUCGUGAUAUUCCUGUUACAACACGAGGCCAACCCGGACCUGCCGACGGUGAGGGGAGAAACUCCAUUGCAUCUGGCUGCCAGGGCCAAUCAGACAGACAUCAUACGGAUAUUGCUCCGCAACGGAGCUCAAGUGGACGCCAGGGCUAGAGAGAAACAAACUCCGCUUCACAUAGCUUCCAGGUUGGGUAACGUGGACAUCGUAAUGUUGCUGUUAGCUCACGGCGCCGCAGUCGAUUCGACCACGAAAGAUCUAUACACCGCUCUACAUAUUGCCUCUAAAGAGGGCCAGGAGGAGGUUGCAUCAGUGUUGUUGGAGAAUGAAGCCUCAGUGACAGCAACCACUAAAAAAGGGUUUACCCCAUUACAUUUGGCAUCAAAGUACGGCAACAUUAAAGUCACCAAGUUGCUGUUACAAAAACAAGCUCCAGUUGAUGCUCAAGGAAAGAACGGCGUAACACCAUUACACGUAGCAAGUCAUUAUGACAACCAAGCAGUUGCAUUAAUGUUGCUUGACAAACAAGCAUCACCUCAUGCCACAGCAAAGAAUGGUCACACGCCUCUUCAUAUAGCGGCAAAAAAGAAUCAGAUGGAUAUUGCAGUUACAUUAUUAGACUACGGAGCAAAAGCAAACGCUGAGUCAAAAGCAGGAUUUACUCCUCUUCAUCUUAGUUCUCAGGAAGGUAAUGUUGAGAUGACUACUUUACUUUUGAACCACAACGCAGAUCCUAAUUAUAAGUCAAAGAACGGUUUAACACCAAUGCAUCUUACCGCACAAGAAGAUAAACAUAAAGUAGCUGUUGUAUUGGAUAAUUACCACGCAGACAUUAAUCCUGAAACUAAAGCUGGAUUUACUCCUUUGCACGUCGCUUGUCAUUUCGGUCAAUUAAACAUGGUUCGAUUCAUAACCGCUCGUCAAGGAGUUAAUAUCAACGCUACUACAGCUUCUGGAUACACACCACUUCACCAAGCAGCUCAGCAAGGCCAUUCUACCAUUGUAAGCCACUUAUUGGAUAAGGGAGCUGACCCAGAUUUAUUGACAAGUCAAGGACAAACGGCGCUGUCAAUUUCUCAGAAAUUGGGCUACAUAAGUGUAGUGGAGGCUUUGAAGAAUGUUACAAAAGCUGCACCUUCAUCGACUUCGGACGAAAAGUACAAAGUAAUUUCUCCAGAAACCAUGCAAGAAACAUUUAUGUCGGACUCAGAAGAUGAAGGUGGUGACGUUUUGCAAAGCGGAAGCGUCGAGUAUGGUCUCAACACUAGAGCUCAACUAACACAAAAUGUUAUCGUUUCGUCACGCGAGGAGACCAUGAUAAACGAACAGUCAUACAGGUAUUUAACGGGAGAGGAAAUGAAGGGUUUCGGCGACGAAUCAGCUCCCAUUGAUGUCACACGGGACGAGAGGUGCGACGCGAAUACUGUGCCCCCCACAUCCAUCGACGAAGCCAUCAGUCCACAGACCGUCUAUGACAGUUACAGCGGCCCCGUGGAUAACGUUGACAUUGUUAAAUAUCCACCUCACGUUGGACGUUUACAAUGGAAAACGUUUUUGGUGAGCUUCUUGGUGGACGCUCGCGGCGGAGCGAUGCGCGGAUGCCGGCACAGUGGUGUCCGCGUGAUCGUACCACCCCGACGAGCAUCCAUGCCCACGCGGGUGACUUGCCGAUAUUUAAGACGUGAAAAAUUGGUGCACCCGCCCCCGCUGAUGGAAGGCGAAUCGUUGGCCAGCAGAAUACUCGAACUCGGUCCCGUGGGGGCUAAGUUUUUGGGGCCCGUUAUGAUCGAAGUACCGAAUUUCGGAUCACUCCGUGGAUCUGAAAGAGAAAUCGUCGUUCUCAGGUCGGAAAAUGGCGAGACGUGGAGAGAGCACACGGUUGAAGUGACCGACGAAGUCGUCAAGGACAUACUCGGAGCGAAUUUCGACAAAGAAGACCGCGACCCUUGGCAUUCCGGUAACCGUCUGACGCGGAUCGUGACGACGGAGUUUCCGCAUUACUUUGCCAUCGUGUCCAGAGUCAAGCAAGAGGUACACGCCAUCGGGCCGGAGGGUGGCAUGGUCUCGUCGACGGUGGUGCCACAAGUGCAAGCGGUAUUCCCGCAGGGAGCGCUGACCAAGCGCAUUAAAGUCGGCCUACAGGCCCAACCGAUACCGUCCGAGCUGACGGCGAAACUGCUGGGAAACCGAGUGGCUGUGUCACCAAUCGUCACCGUCGAACCGAGAAGGCGAAAGUUCCACAAGCCCAUCACGCUCACGUUACCCCUGCCCCAGGCCUCUUCCAAGGGGAUGAUCAACCACUACUCUGGCGAUGCGCCCACCCUCAGACUUUUGUGCAGCAUCACAGGAGGAACGUCCAGAGCACAAUGGGAGGACGUCACGGGCUCGACGCCUCUUACAUUUAUCAACGAUUGCGUAUCGUUCACGACAACUGUGUCGGCGCGAUUUUGGCUGAUGGAUUGCCGAAACGUGGCGGACGCUUCGAAAAUGGCCACCGAACUAUAUCGGGAGGCCAUACAUGUACCGUUUAUGGCCAAAUUCGUGGUGUUUGCUAAACGAACGGACACAAAUGAAGCUCGAAUACGGUUGUUCUGCAUGACGGACGAUAGGGAAGACAAGACCUUGGAACACAAAGAGCAUUUCACAGAAGUCUCAAACAGUAGAGAUGUCGAGGUUCUGGAAGGCAAGCCUGUGUACAUUGAAUUCGCAGGAAACCUCGUGCCAGUCACCAAGUCCGGCGAACAGCUCAGAUUGGUAGUGCGGGCGUUCAAAGAAAACAGAUUACCAUUCACCAUGCGUGUGAAAGACCCCAGUGCUGAACCACGCUCGUGGACCAUCGUAAUGAAAGAACCAAAAGUUUCUAAAAACGAACCCGCACAGACGCCAGUUUGCGUUUUGCAAUUCGGAUUGCCCGAAAACAUUGUACACGAUUCAGAUGUCAACGCCGAUGAACAUUAUAAUGAUUACACGUACACCCGCGAUUCGAACACCGAGUCACACAAACGUGCCGAACUGAGGAUAACCGAUAUCAGUAACUUUGUGUCUGAAGAUUGGAUUAACCUGGCACACGAAUUGGGUUUCCAAUCAUCAGAUAUUUCUCAAAUUCAGAGAGAAUACCCAGAUAGUAGCGGUCAACAGUGUAUGAGUAUGCUGAACUUGUGGAUGAACGAAAUAUCUGGUCAAGAUUCAGUUAUAGCUUUAGAAAGAGCUUUAAACAACAUAGGUAGAGUUGAUGUAGUGGAGAAGUGUAAUUUUGCGGAGAUCGGGCACUAUCCUUCGCAAAAUGGCGUUUACGCAGAAUCAGAAAAACAUCAAAGCUAUCAAUCUCAGAACAACAAGUACGCCGCCGAAGAGAAGGCUGUGAUCGAAGACGAGAUCGUCAAAACCGUGACCGAGAGACGUAUGGAAAUCGAACAACGGCUGAACGGCGAACCGGUGGUCAUCGACAAAAAGUAUGAACCAUUUAUUAGGGCAGACGACGCUGCCCAAAUGACAUCCAAACCCGUGGAUAUACCCGCUGUCGAACCGAUCGAACCCACCGAGGUGUCGUUCGAACACAAACGCAUGUCAUUCGAGAGGGGUGUGUCGAUCGAACAGGUGCUUCAAGAAGACAUUCCGGUUAAAGACAAAUCGGUUAUUUUGGAAGAUAAAAAGAUGCCAUCGAUCGACGAAAAACCUAUCGACGUGGACGUGGACGCAACGAGCCUGACGUUUCACGAAAAGAGGUUGUCGUUCGAGCAAGGCAUACCCGUCAAGGAAAUCAUACAGAAAAAGACGGAAGACACCACCACCGUACCUGCAGGACACGGAAAAGAAUCGACGACGAUAAUUGAAACCGAAAAUUCGGUCUCAAAGAGGGAUACAACGUCGGCAGAAGACGCAAAACUUUCUGACUCAAAAUCAGAUCUAAGGCCUAGCAUUGAAUUGACUAAGGACACAAAUGAGCAAAUAAGACGCGAUUCUAUAUUGUUUGAAGAAGUUUCUCAAGGUUUGGUGAAAUUAGAUUCGACUGGAUCGAAAGUAGAAGACAAAACUGAACUACUAUCGCCUCAGUCAUCUAGAACUCCUCCACCUAGCCCUGCAGAGUUCAAAGACAUAGAGCAACAAAAUGAAUCUAAGCAACGCCAGCCAGAAACUGUAUCUGAAAAAGAACCCCAAACAGCAUUAUGGUCACAGGACAAUGAUGACUUGUUGGACACUCAUGGUUUCGGUGAACAUCUCAAUGGCAUUGAAACGCCAAAUUUAUCGAAGCCGAAAAAUCAUAAAUCGUUGGCGGACAUUGAUGAGGAAUUUGAAGAACGGUCGGUUGUAUUGCACCCUUUCUUUGAUCAACCAAAAAGAGACAUUUAUGAACAAGUACAAUUUAUAAAACAUCACGAUGACUCGCCUGCAUUUGAUAGCCCAUUAACAGAUAAAAGUGUAUCUCAUCACGAUACGGGAAUUAGUCUGACUAGAGAAUAUUCUGAUACUUUAACUAGUUCAGGACUAAAAACAAAACCUAAACAUACAGAUACAGCUUUUGAUGAAGAAGCAGAGCUAACUGAUAAUGGAUUAAGUCCAAUUCAACCUGAUGAAGUCGGACUUGCUGCAAAUGAAAUAAUUGAAAUAAAGAAGAAAAUUGGAAUGUACGACGCCGGAAAUAGUCCAAUAAUAUUUAUGGAAUCUAUAGCAUUGUCUCCUUUUGGAACAGUGACAAGUGAUGUUGCUACUAUCACAGAUAAUGUGAAAAAAAUUGAUGUAGCAAACAGUCCAAUAGAAUCAAAUAAAGUUCAAAGAAAUAUGGACACAACAGUAGACGUCAAAAAAAUGAUAAUGCAAUUGGAAAAAUCUGGCACAGGAUCGGAAAACGUGACGUCCCAACAAUCUCCAAAAAGAAAACCAACACUAAAAACAAUUAUAUCGGAUAUAGUACUUCCAGAGGAAAAUCAUACCAUACAUGUUGAUAUCGAAAAAAAACAUAAGCAAUAUGAUACAAAUACAACGAAUAUACAAUCAAAACUGGAUGAAGUAAUUAAAACAGAAAAAUGUGUUUUGGAACAUUUAGAAAAGGUUGUAGAUAUAUCAUCCAAAAAUAAUUCAGAGUUAGAAAGUAAAUUAAUGCAGAUUGUUAACAUCGAAACAAGCAUGUUGCAGAGCUUUGACAAAAUAAUUGACAAACACGAAACAAGUAUUAAUAAUUCGUGUCUCAAAAAUUUAGAAAAAGAUAUAAUAUCAGUUGAGAAAGUCGAUGAAAAGUUUAAAAAAGUAGACACGACAGAUAGAUUACAACAAUCACCAAAGAAAUGUAGUGAAGAUAAAAUUGAAAAAAAAUAUAUAGACACGGGGUAUAGAAAAGAAGAAAGUAUAAUGGAACCUAUUAAAGUCGAAGGUAUUUCUAAGGAAUUAAAAAAAUUAAUGGACGAUGAUGAGAAAGAACAAGAAAGAAUGUAUAGAGUAUUACUGAAUGAAUAUAAUACAAACGAUGAUAAAUAUAGCAACAAAACACCUGUAGUGGAAGAAAUUAUAACUCCUAAACGUGUAAAACCAAUUACUAAAAAAGAUGAUGUCAAAGGUGAUUCAAAAAAUAACGAAAUCUACAAUAUAACGACAAAUAUCAAAAUACCAAUAAAAGAAAAAAUAAACAAUACUAUUACCACUACAAAUUUGAAAGAGAAUGAACGAUUGAAUAUCGAAAAAUAUGAAACUGAAAAUAAUGAAGUAUUGAAAAAAGAUAAAAAUGACAAAAAUAAAAAAAUAUUUUAUGAAGACGAUGAAGAAGAUGAGUCAGAUAUUUUUGAAAAAUUUACUCGGGAACAUUUAAAGAAGUCUUUAGACCUAUCUCAAACAAAUGUUGAAACAGACGAUAGUGAUAAAAAAUAUGAAAACAAGGAUAUAGAUUUUGAUAUUAUAGAUGAUGAAGAAACUGAAACGCACAACUCUAAAAAAGAGAAAUCAUUAUCGUUUAUCCCUAAAACAAUAGAAAAAGGAUUAAAAGAUAUUACGAUGACACUAACGAGCAUUGUAAAAAAAAUGGAUGUGAAUGAUAUGUCAGGAAAAAAAAAUGAGAAUGAAGGAGGUGAUAGAGUAACUGAGACAAUAAAUGAUAGUGCUAGGCAAGGGAAAGGAGAAACACAGUUGAAUAAAAAUAAUAAAAAACAUAAUACUAAAAAUGAUCUAAAAUCUAAUAUAACUCCACAAACCCCGGUUUUAAAAAGGGAUUUAUUAAUCAAGAGAAAUAUUAAAAGUGAUAAUCUAAGAAAUGAGAGUAUAGAACAAUGCGAGUAUAAUACAGAAAAAGACAAUAAAAAAGAAAUGGUGAAUAAUUUUGAAAAAGAAAUCGAAAAUAAUCAACAAUUUAAGUUAAUCGUAGAUACAAAUGAAUAUGUUAAACCAGUAACAUCGACUUAUAACUCUGAAAAAGAAAUAAACACUAACACACUAACAACUGAAAAAAUAAACACAAACAAAAAUAAUGAUAAUGUAGGUAAAGAAAUUAAUAAAAAUGUAACAUCAUCUUCGAUAGAAAUUAUAACAAUCCCAACGCAAGUAAACUCAUUAACAAAUUUAACAAUCAAGUCAGAAGUAAAAAAGCCCAUAAAAGAAAACCAGAAAAAUGUAGUACAUAAAGAUGAUUCUAAUUUCAAUACAGUAGAAAAACAGAUAGUAGGUGACCUAAACAAUACUGAAACACCAUAUAACCGGAUAGAUACAAGUACAAAUAACGAAAUUGAAACAAUACACGUAACUACAAGUUCAAACGAAACGUACGAAAAAACUGAAACACAUACAAAAACAUUGAUAAUAAAAACGAAUAAAGAACAUAGGCAGAAAAACAUUACAGAUAUAUAUAGCACAACUCUUACAAACGAUAAAUUACUGACAGAUGAAAAUAUUCAAAUUAAAAACUUAAAUCACAGAGAUAACGACGAAAAUAUUAAGCAGGAAAGUUACCAACUUGAAAACAGAGAUGAAAAAUCAACAAAACAAAAUAAUAAAAUUUAUAGAGAGACAACCAAUAUGAAAGAUGAAAAAGUGGAAGAACAAUCAGAAACAAAUAAAAACAAAGCUAAACCAUACAUCGAAGGUAUUGAAACAGAUAAAGUACAUUUUGACGAGUUUUAUAAAUGGGUAGACAAAAUAGUAGAAGAAAAAAAAGAAAAUAUAACAAAAAACCAAAGCGAGAACCAUAAAAAACCAAAUCUAAUUAAAACACUAAGAACUGCAUCCAUCGAUAAAGAACAUAUAGAAGACGAAUCAAACACAGUUAAAGAAUUCAUAUCCAAACAAGUUACAUCAAAAUAUACAAAUGAAAAGGAAAAUGAAAUAUUACAAAUUACUCAACCACAAACACAACAAACAAGAACUGAAACAGCUAUGAUAAUAACAACCAAAACCAAAGUAAUAUCCGAAAACAGAAAAAUAGAAAACAUAACAAAAGAAAAAAGUGAAGAAUCUAAAUUAAUUAUAAGUGAUAUUAGGGAUCAAAUAAAACAAAUUAAACCAUUGGGAAAAGAAACAACUCAAAAUAUAAAACACGAAAUAAAAAAUGACGAAACAAUACAUGACAAAGAGAAUUUAACUAAACCUGACUCAAAAGAAACUAUAGUAACAGCUACAAGUAAUACAAUUACGGAUCAAAUUAUGAGAAGUGUAAAAAAUAAUGACAAACAAACAAGUGAUGAAAUAAGUUUCAAUAAAACUGAAUCAAAAAAAUCAAUAAAAUCUGAUAAAAUAGAAAUAAAUUUACCAAAUGUGAUAAAAGAAGUUACUAACUUACAUGAGAUAAUAACAAAAGAAAUUGAUUCCAUAAAUAUUGACACCACAAAAACAAUAACUAAAACAACUGAUACUAAAGAAAUAAUCGAAGAUAACCAAAUAACCGAAAAACACAGCGGGGACGUUAAUGAUCUAAUUAAAUCUAAUAAAAAAAAAUCUAUUAUAUCAACCUCCAGUGAUAAAGAAAUAGGUGAAAUUCUUAAAACAGAAAAACAA